AUGAAACAGCGCACCUUGUCAACAUCUACAGGCACUACGGCUAUCGCGCCCACUGCACCUUCAUCAGCGUCGAUACUAGGUGCUUUUACAAAUGAAUGUGAUAAAAUAGCCCCGAAAUUCGAGGUCCACGGCUCGCAGAUACAGAUUUUACGAACGCCGUCGGAAUUUUACGAGACGUUGAAGAUAUCCACACUUCAGCAAGCUUUGCGUGCCAACCCAAAGUUGAAGCUUAGUAUCCUGACCGAUGCACUUCGAGGUACGAGAGAGUCUCCGAGUGCAUCAUGUGCUUCGCUGCUUGCACCGUUAGUGUCGGAGUUUGGUGUAGAUAGAGUUGAGAUUCGAAUGUACCAUACCCCGAAUCUGAAUGGGCUGAGAAAAAAGUAUAUCCCUAAAAGGAUCAAUGAGGGCUGGGGUUUGCAACAUAUGAAGUUGUAUGGAGUGGAUGAUGAGAUUAUAAUAUCUGGGGCAAAUCUUUCUAGUAACUAUUUCACAGAUCGACAAGAUAGAUAUCAUGUGUUUUCUUCGAAGGAAGUCACUCAAUAUUUCUCCAGGAUUCAUAACGCCAUCUCGAGCUUGAGCUUCUUGGUAUCUCCGGAUACUCAAUUGCAUGCUGGAUAUACACUGGAAUGGCCUUCUUCAAACUCCUGUCCUUCUCCCCUAACAGAUUCACAAGGAUACAUCUCUCACGCAUCAUCUAUCCUCACACCCUUGAUCCGAGCUUCAACACCACCAAAAUCGAUACCCAGCGAUCCUCAAGCUAACACAACCAUCUAUCCCAUCUCCCAGUUUACACCCCUCUUCCCCUCCACCUCUGACGCAUCCACCGAACUCCCCCUGCUUACCCGCCUCCUCACCCUCCUUAAUUCCCCUACUACCUCUUCAUCCUGGACCUUCACAGCCGGCUACUUCAAUCCAUCCCCUACUCUAACCUCUCUUCUCCUCCAUACAACCUCCAAGAACAAUACCGUUCUCACCGCCUCUCCCCAUGCAAACGGUUUCUACAACUCUCCUGGCAUUUCCGGCAUGCUUCCCUCAGCCUACACCCUCCUCCUCCGCAAGUUCCUCGCCGCAGCUCAAAAGAUCCAAGGACCCUCCCCAAAUAUCAGUCUCAGAGAAUGGAAAAGAGGAACCGUCAAUGAACCUGGUGGUUGGACAUAUCAUGCCAAGGGACUUUGGGUUUCAUUCCCUUCUCCAUCAUCAUCCUCAUCCUCAUCCCCAUCUGAAACCCCAAAGCCAGCAAUCACGGUACUGGGCAGUAGCAACUAUACCAAACGAUCCUACACGCUCGAUCUCGAAACUGGCGUGGUGAUCGUAACCCGAGAUCCGGAUUUGCAGGAGAGAUUGAGACAGGAGAGAGAUGGGUUGGGGGAGUGGGCGAGCGAGGUUGGGAUGAAGGAGUUUCAGAGUAGUGAGAGGAGGGUGGGAUUGCAUGUUAGGAUUGCAAUGUGGAUUGUGGGGGUGGUGGGCGGUGCUUUGUAG